AUGCCGUCCAAAGGUCGGCCCACGCUACAAGCUGGCCUGGAUAAGGACGUCUACCAGGUAGUCCAGAAAUAUCUAGACGACAAAGGAGAAUCACCACUGAAGCUGCGGGUCCAUACAGUAUAUGAAUAUAUCCAGAAAUCGAACUCCAGCUUAAAAAGACGGCCAAAGAAACAGCUCGAAGACUCUAUUGAUCGGGUGAUUGACGUGAUCCGAGAGGAUGAGUCUGGCGAUGAAGAAGACGAACUAGCUGAGCUCGAGGGAAACUUCACCAUGGAUGAGCCCAAAGACAUUUCUGGUGACUGGAUGAACCGCCAGAUCGUCAAACAAUGGCCUACAUCCAAAUCCACUACUAAUGGUGAAAAGAGCAAAAAGAGGGACAGCGGCAAGUCAAAAGAGGAGCGCGAUAGCAAGAGACAAAAACGUGCAGCCGCCCAAGAGAGCAAAAUCGAGAUUUCAGCACCUACUGGCGUGACCUUGGAGGAUCUUGGAGGUGUUGAAAAGGUCAAAGGGCAGCUCAAAGAGCAUUUGGUGCUGCCGUUGCUGUGUCCACAGGAAUACGCCAAUCGGAAAAUUCCCAUACCUCGCGGCAUACUUCUCCAUGGCCCACCGGGAUGCGGAAAAACAGUCAUUAGUAGGGCUUUUGCGGCCGAGCUGGGCGUACCAUUUGUUGAAAUUCUUGGUCCUUCUGUCGUAUCCGGGAUGUCGGGCGAGUCAGAAAAACAGAUUCGCGAACACUUCGAAAGGGCCAAAGAAGUUGCGCCAUGUCUAAUCUUUAUCGAUGAGAUCGACGUAAUCGCGCCAAAACGUGACAGUGCGCAAAGCCAGAUGGAGAAGCGAAUAGUGGCCCAGUUACUCAUCUCCAUGGACAGUCUAGCUAUGGAGGGUAACGAUGGCAAGCCGGUCAUUGUGCUGGCAGCAACAAAUCGCCCAGACAGUCUUGACCCAGCACUUCGACGUGGAGGACGUUUCGACACGGAAAUCAACAUGGGUGUACCGAGCGAACCGAUGCGCAAGUCCAUCCUUCAGGCUCUUACAAGGGAACCGAAGCUAUCGCCAGAUGUUAACUUCGACGUAUUGGCAAAGCGGACCGCCGGUUUUGUUGGUGCAGAUUUGAAAGACCUUGUGAGCAAAGCAGGAACUUGGUCGAUGGAUCAAUAUCGUUUGGCACUCGAAAAGCAAGCAGCCAGCACAGAAGGUGCCAUGGAAAUAGAUAACGAAGCGGUUCCUAGUUCGGAGGCGCUCAUGAACAAGUCGAUUCGACGGUUGAUUCAGCGAGUGAAGGACACAGAGGCUCCGCGUCCCGAAGGUUUCGAGGACACAGUCAUCUCAAUGGAGGCCUUUGAGGCUGUUCUGCCAACGAUUACUCCUUCAUCGAAACGAGAGGGCUUCGCGACAGUACCAGACACUACAUGGCGCGAUGUGGGUGCGCUCGGGGGUGUCCGCGAGGAGCUCGAGAUGGCUAUUUGCGAACCUAUCAAGGACCCGGCAAAAUUCGCUAAAUUUGGCAUUUCAGCGCCCACCGGAGUAUUGCUAUGGGGUCCGCCAGGUUGUGGUAAGACGCUUCUAGCCAAGGCCGUGGCCGCCGAGUCCAAGGCAAACUUUAUCAGCGUCAAGGGACCGGAGCUAUUGAACAAGUAUGUCGGAGAAUCAGAACGCGCACUUCGCCAAGUUUUCAUGCGCGCCCGCUCAUCUGUUCCGUGCGUUAUCUUCUUCGACGAACUUGACGCACUUGUCCCGAAGCGUUCCACGGAACUCCAUGAAGCUUCUGCUCGCGUCGUUAAUACGCUCCUGACGGAACUUGACGGCCUCUCCAUGCGGGACGGUAUCUAUCUCAUCGCCGCAACCAACCGUCCAGAGAUGAUUGACGACGCUAUGUUACGUCCAGGCCGUCUAGAAACGCUCCUUUAUGUUGAACUUCCCAAGCCUAGCGAACGGGUGGAUAUUCUCAAGUCACUCAUUCGUAAACGCGGCGUCAUCAACCCGGAACUGGCCGAGAUUGGGCGGCAGGACGUGUGCAAAGACUUUUCGGGUGCCGAUCUGGAGAGUCUGCUGCGUAAGGCGGGCCAGCAUGCCUUCAGGCGGCGUAGUGAGUCUAUUGAGGAGUUGGAUUUUAUCGAGGCAGCGAAAACGGUACGACCUAGUGUCGGUGAUGUCCAGAGAUAUGAGAGGUUGCGAGAGAGGUUUGAGACGAAGCUAUUCAUUCAGAAUGAGUAG